CUGAUCGGUCAUAUUCAUCUGGUACAGAUGUCGAAAGUAGCCUGACGUUAGUCGACGGAGAGGCCAGGGAUCGAGAUGGGGAGUGGAUCAACUUGGAGACAACAGGCGCUGGGCUGGGCUGGGGCAGAAGAGGAGGAGGAGGAGGGAUAAGAUGGGAUAGGAUAGGAUUGGAGCGGACAGGAUAUGAACGGAAGGGAUGUGAGCAGCACCCAAAGCGCGCAAGAAAAGUUGAGACAUCACAUCGAGGUUGAAAUACGCUUGCAGAGACGCCACAUGCUCCUAGGACCGGGACUGGCAGACGGAGAAACAGACAGAAGACAGACCAGAGAGCCAGUUCUCAGUCUGCGGUCCUCAGUCAGCCCAGACCCCCGUACAGCGCAGGACUGUACGUGCGGACCCGCUACGGAAUCGGGAGGAGACACUUGGACGAUGUGAACCCCAUUUGCAAGAUCUGUACAGUACGGACACUACGCAGCCUGCCUGCACCUACUGCAGCGUCUGCGUGCGUCUGCGUGUUGAGACAGCCUGAAUGGAAAUGCUGGGAGAAGAACCGAGCCUGCACGCCUGCAUCGCGCCCCCGUCAAUCAGUUAUUAGGAUUAAUUUUUUUUUCUUUGCGCAAUUGAUGGAAGCAGCGGCGUCUGAACGAACGGGGUGGAGAGAUGGGUGAGGUUGAGGGACGAGUCUGUCUCUUUGACAGGGUAGUUUCGGGUAUCCUUAACGAGAGGGGGAACAAUAGCCUGCUGCACCGAGACGUUUUGGUACAACUUAGGACGCCCUUUCGAAGUAAAAGACCGGAGCUUCA